AUGAGUUUGUCAGAUUUGAAGAACAGCAUCUUGGAGAAGCUUGGCGUGUUGGGUAGCAAGUGGGUGAAGAAACUAUUCUACAAGAUUCCCAUGGCGGUUGUCUCGACCGGUGUUCAUUUUGAAACCUUUGCGGUUAAGGCUGAUGAAGAUAUUAGGGUUUUGUUCUACUGUGUAAGGAGUUUUCCGGAGAUCAGAAUCCAUGAGUUGUUCGCGAAGUUGGAGGUUGGUGUCGAUAGUUCUGGGGCAUCCGCUCCAGUUCCUAGCCCAACUGUCGCGGGUGGUGCAUCUAGUUCGAUGCCUGCGGUCAGACCAUAUCUUCCGCCGGUUAGGGUUUUGUUCUACUUUGUAAGGAGUUUUCCGGAGAUCAGAAUCCAUGAGUUGUUCGCGAAGUUGGAGGUUGGUGUCGAUAGUUCUGGGGCAUCCGCUCCAGUUCCUAGCCCAACUGUCGCGGGUGGUGCAUCUAGUUCGAUGCCUGCGGUCAGACCGUAUCUUCCGCCGGUUCAAUCACCUUCGUUUGCGGCUAAUUUAGACCGAACGGAGGUUGUUGGUUCUGUACCUUUGGAGAAUGCAGCAGUCAUUGAGCCUCCCCAUGUUGUGGGCACCGGUGGUGGCCUGGUACCUUAUAUCGAAGACUUUGGUGGACCUGAUCAAGUAGAGAAUGCAAUGCGUGACGAUGAGUCUGACCAGGAGCCUGUUGAUAUCGUAGGUGACAACGACGAUGACACAGGUGGCGAUCCAUAUGUGCAGCAUCGGCCUUCAGGUUCUGGUUCUCAUCAGUACCCUCCACACUUCUCCACACUAAACUUGGAUGCUCUUGGUCAACAGGAAGACGGUGGUAACACAGUGGGGGGAUCUUCUACAGAAUUUCAGAUUGGGCAAUCAUUCCAGAGUAAAGAUGAAGCUGUGCUGAGUGUCAAGGACUAUAGCAUCCGGCGAGGUGUUGAGUACAGGGUCAUCGAAUCAGAUCAUUUGAAGUAUCAUGGAAAAUGCAAGGAAUACGGCAAGAGUUGUAGUUGGUUGAUUCGUGUAGCGCUUCGUGCACGAAAGGGCACUUGGGAGGUUAGGAGGUACAACGGGCCACACACAUGCCUCGCAACUUCUAUUUCAAGUGAUCACCGUCAGCUGGAUUACCACGUUUUCUGUUCGAGGAUUCUUCCUAUGGUUAGGGCAGAUGCUGCGGUUACGGUAAAGGUACUUCAACAAGCGACAGAAGCCGAUUACGGUUUCAGGCCUAGUUACAGGAAGGUUUGGAUGGCUAAGCAGAAGGCAGUGGCACAAAUAUAUGGAGAUUGGGAGGAGUCUUACGCGGAGUUUCCACGUUGGAUGCUAGGGGUCCAGGCGACAAUGCCAGGAACAAUCACGGUGCUGAAGACGUCUCCUGUUCGGAUUGGUGGUGGGGUUGAUGAGUCGACGGUGUACUUUCACCGGCUUUUCUGGACAUUUCCACCCUGUAUCGAGGCAUUCCGGCAUUGCAAGCCCCUCGUCAGUAUUGAUGGUACCCACUUGUAUGGAAGUAUGGAGGGACGCUGCUGUUGGCGAUAG